GUGUCUUACUCGUUAGCGGAAGCGGCUUGUUAGCUACAGGAAAUCAGUUAGUGAAAAAAAGAUUUUUUUUCGGCCAGCAACAAAACCUGUCCUGCAACGACUCAAAUUCACGGGGGGAAACACAAAGGCCAGUGGAGUGGCAAGUUUUCGCGCCUAAUCUGCGUUUAUAACACUCGGCUGUCAAGGCGAGGGCCGGACCGGUACCAGAACAAGGCCCGAACCCGGACUUGACUAGCCCCAGCAGCGCUCUGACACCGGCGGGCUGAUCGAAAGGAGGUGGCAUGCUAUGUCUCGAGAAGCCUCUGUGUGCAACAACUUAACCUGGUGUCUGUAGAUGGAUGCCAAGUCAGUUUGCAGACUCUUGGGUGAGUCAAACCCUUCUCGUGGUGCAUCGGGUCCGAGUGCAAAAGCCUGAAGCUCGGGUAUGGCACCGCUGGAAUUUAGCCAGGAACGAGCUAGUUUUAGAGCAAGCUAACUUCAUACUUACCAACUUUUUACUCGCCUGUAGACCAGACUGUACCAGGAAAUAACAAUGACUGUCAGGCGUAUGUGGAUCAUUUAAUUGCCUAAAAUUUGAAGUCAACAAGUUGGCUGUUUGUUAUGCCGCUCUAAAUGUUUUGGGGGAGAGUAUAGAUCGGAAGCUACUACGUUAGCUGCUAAGUUAGCCAGUCUCCACCGCCCCAAUGAAAGAAUACAAAGUUGUCGUGCUGGGCAGUGGCGGCGUGGGAAAGUCCGCUCUCACCGUUCAGUUUGUCACUGGGACCUUCAUCGAGAAGUACGACCCGACCAUCGAGGACUUCUACCGUAAGGAGAUCGAAGUGGAUUCGUCCCCGUCCGUGUUGGAGAUCCUGGACACGGCAGGGACCGAGCAGUUUGCUUCCAUGAGAGAUCUGUACAUUAAGAACGGACAAGGCUUCAUUCUGGUCUACAGCCUGGUCAACCAGCAGUCAUUCCAGGACAUCAGACCGAUGCGAGACCAGAUAGUCCGUGUGAAGCGCUUUGAGAAGGUUCCGUUGAUUCUGGUUGGUAACAAAGUGGACCUGGAAUCUGAGCGUGAAGUUGCUGGAUCUGAGGGGCGAGCCCUGGCUCAAGAGUGGGGCUGCCCUUUUAUCGAAACCUCUGCCAAAAGCAAAACUAUGGUGGACGAGCUGUUUGCAGAGAUUGUCCGACAGAUGAAUUAUUCCACGCUGCCGGAGAAGCAAGAGCAGUGCUGCACAGCCUGUGUCAUUCAAUGAGGAGAUGGACUUCAUUGGCCUGGAUCACCACGCACAUUUUGAUGAACACGGGGACAGCUUGGCUUUUAACCUGUCUGACAGAAACUUGUCCCAUCAGGCACUGCUUUUGCCUCGUGGUCUGUUGAAACAUUUUUUUUGACCGUGACAGAGAAUCUGACUAAGAGCCUGGUCCUAUUUUUGAUAUCAUACCUGCUAGGAGAUGCUUCAGCUGUAACCUCAAUGGCCUUUGAGAUGAACCUGGGAUUGGACAGACACAACUGGAUGGGCAGCCCCCCUGUGAAUUCCUGUCUCACCGUUUUUGAUUCUUCUUCUUAUAUAUUGAUGUGUCCUUUAAGUAUGGUGCAGGAGUACGUAAAGGGUUGCAGCGUCUUUUUUUUUUUUCUUAAACUGCAUUAAUGUUAUUCUUUGAUUUUACUUGCGUUCUGGCUCCGAUUCGACAUUUGAUAAAGUGUUUCAUAAAUUUCGAAGCAUUUUGAAUUUAGCGUGCAUACCUUAACUAGUGUGCUGCUCAGGUGUUCUGCUUACCUUAUACUGAAAAAACGUUUGUUUUUAAAUGGGAAUCUUCUGAUUUUUGUAAGCGUAUACAUGGUGUGUGACUUUGGAAUAAGCCAGUAACAUUUACAUCCAAGAGGAACUCAAUAUUUUGUAUUGUCUCAGUAUUUACAGCACCUCAAUCGAUAUGACAACAUGUGCUCUGAGGUAAAACUGUUUCCAAAAUGUAAAUUACCUGAAACUGACCGAGUUGAGCCAAUUUCUGUGUUUUGCCAGAAUCGUCCCUGUCUCUUAAAGGCAUGGUCUAAGUGGACGCAGGUCUUCCAUUUUCAGUUUUAUCGAGAAGUCUGUAGAUUUUGGAACGACCAAAGUAAACAAAGUUCCUGCUACUUUUGUGUCUAAUGAUGUAACGUGUUGCUUUAAAUUCCGGAGAUGCAGAUUUUUUUAUAUAUACAUAUAUAUAUGAUUAUUAUUAUCAGCUAAUUCUGGUAUAAGUGGGUUGGUAAAAGUUCUGGCAUAAUUAAUCAAAUUAAACUUUGUACUUUUGAUUCUAUCAGUAAUCUAUUUAUUAAAAUCGUAUGACAUCCAUUGACAGUUUUCAAAUUUGAAUUUCACCCUAGCUUUAGAUUUCUGAGUUUUCAGAAAAUACUAAGUUUGGGUUUCUUUUA